GUUUCUUUUGUUGUAAAACAUAUCAAUGUAAAUUAGCGGAUCAAAUAUUAGGUAAAGCACGUUUUGAAUAUUAAACAACCGUCGUUCGCUAGCUUUAUUGCUUGUAAUCAGUUCGGAACAAAAAUGCAGCAGCCACCACAGCCACCACCAGCGUACGGGGCAAACCCGCCCAACUAUAACCAGCCAGUCUACCAACAGCCACCGCCCGUCCAUAACCCGGCACCGAUGUUUAUGGCGCAACAGAGCAGUCAAGUGGUCGUGGUCAACGCCGGCGGAAAUUCAAGGGAUUAUCCACCGGGAACCUGUCAGAGAUGCGGGGGUCACAUAGGAACGAAGUUUACGGUGUGUGGGAUACUACUGUGCAUUUUCUGCUUCCCACUCGGUUUGCUGUGCUGCCUUCUGAUGACGGAGAAAAGAUGUGACAAUUGUGGUUAAAAGUAUUUGUAAUGACCACGGAAGCUCUACUGUAGCAUCACAUACACGCAAAUGUUGCGUUUAACAUACUCAUAAGUCUUUUGUUAUUUAAACUGCUGAAUGUAUGUGUAUAAAGACAUAUACAUUUAAAAUAAUCACGACAUUUCUUCUCGCCUAGAUAUCGAUUGCAUUGAAGUUGCUUGCAGUGGCGCGUUGCUCGUGUGUGUAUGUUCAUAUUAUUUCUAUAAACAUGUUGGUUUUGUUAAGAAAACUCUUCGAAAAGUUAUUACAUAUUAAUUGUGCCAAUAUUUUUGUUUUAAGCUACUUGUUGUUAAACAAAACUAUUUGAAUAAAUAUAAACCAUAAACAACAAGUAUAUAACUAAUAAAUCAUCGCUCUAAAA